AUGGCUGAUUCAUUGCAACGUCUGCGCAUUGGUAUCAUCGGUGCUGGUGAAGUAACUCAAAUCAUUCAUCUACCCACAUUGUGCCAACUUUCACAUCUCUACGACAUUACUGCAAAUGCAGAGCAUUGCGCAGCAAAGUACCACAUUCCCAAGGCGACCACGGAUCCAAAGGACAUAUUCAACAGUGCGGACGUAGAUGUCGUCUUCAUCUCCGUAUCUGAUGAGUUCCACGAGCCUUACGCCAUUGCAGCUCUCGAGGCACAAAAGAAUGUGUUCAUCGAGAAGCCCAUCACUUUGUCAAUGCAAUCCGCUCAACGUAUUAUCGAUGCCGAGAAGCAGUCUAAUGGGCGAGUAUGGGUGGGUUAUAUGAGGCGCCACAGUCGCACUUUUACGGAAGCUUUCAAGCGUGAACUUGAAUCCAUCCCAAAGAUUCUCUAUGCCAGAUCUCGUGACUUUUCUGGACAUUUGCANGCAAAUGGAAAAUUCACAUCGCAGUCAGGCACUUUCCCCGUCAAAAACACCGACUUUCCACCUGCGGCAGGAGAAGAGCGUAACAANAGAGUAGAUGCCCUUCUUAAAGAAGCCUUUGGUACAGACCCAACUCCAGAGCAAGUAAAGUAUGCCCGCUUCCUAGGCAGUUUGGGAAGCCACGAUCUAUCUCUAAUGAGAGAAUCUCUUGGCUUCCCUGAGGACGUCACUGCCGUCACCGUCAACGAACCUUUCUACUCCGCCAUCUUCAAAUGCCGCAACAAGUCAGGCGCAAAGGAUCCUUUCUUCGUAACCUACGAAUCAGGCAUCGACGGUGUGCCAGAAUUCGAUGCUCACUUGGCUGUCUACGGCGAGAACAAGCGCGUCACCAUCUUCUACGACUCUCCCUACAUCAAGACACAGAAGCCUGUCAUGGUCAGAGUUCAAGAAGUGAAUGACGCUGGCGAGGUCCAGACUAGAGAGAUCAUCAGCUCUUUUGAAGAUGCAUUUGCUUCUGAGUUCCAGGAUAUGCAUGACUGCUUGGUCAACGGCAAGGGGAUCAAGACUAGUGCUGAGGAUGCCAUCAACGAACUCAAGUUGUAUGACUUGAUGUACGCAAAGUAUGCUGAGAGCAGCAAGUGA